AUGAGAUUGGUAGUUCCCGAAACGUUACAGUCGGACGUUUUACACCACUAUCACACCACAUUGGAAAGGGGACAUCAAGGAGUGGGGCGAACCUACCAGCGGAUCAGGGAUCACUUCCAUUGGAGGGGAUUAUACCGGAGCGUUCAGCGAUAUGUGGGGGAAUGCGUGGAUUGCGAAACGGGAAAUGGAAAACCGGUGAUCCGGGGUGAAUCACCGGGGAACUUGCAGGCGACGUACCCAUUCCAGAUUAUUGCGAUGGAUCACAUACCAUCGCUGCCCAGAUCACACAAAGGAAGCACGGAGUUAUUGAUCUGGGUCGAUCUGUUCACGGUAUAUGUGAUCACGAAAGCCAGCUCGUCCCGAUCGGCCCAAACGGUUGCAAAAUCGUACGAGGAGUGCGUGUUCCGGCGAGUUGGCGCCAGCGAGAUGAUCCGGCACGAUCGAGAAUCCGGUUUCAUGUCUGAUUUCGUCCGGGCGUUUAACAAGAUCUUGGGACAGCGGCAGCGGGCGACGAUGGCAUAUCGUCCACAGGCUAACGAGACGGCUGAGAGAAUGGUGCAGACCGCGACCAGAGCGCUCAAGAUGUACGUCCGCGAUCUUGAUCAGAAGGAUUGGGACGAAUAUGCCGAGCGCCUCACCUUCGCGAUCAAUACGGCUCACGAUCGGAUCCGGGGUGAUACCCCCCACUAUUUGGUACAUGGGUGGGAUCCGAGAUCGACACUGGAGUCUACACUGCCGGUCGGAUGUACGAGACGACGCGAUCGAGACGCGCGGCGAUGGAGAUACCGAGUCCAACGAUACUAUCAACAAUCCCGGGAACAGGUCAAUGCCAGAUUAAAGGAGGACAUCGCAGAUCGAGCUGACCGACAAACGAAGAUGUCGGAUCGCACCAGAUCGACGCCGGAUCUCGCAUCCGGUUAUCGAGUGAAGGAAGGAUACGCGCGGAAAUUGGCUCACCUAUGGCACGGGCCGUUCCGGGUCGCUGAAAAGAUCAACGAAUUCAGCGUCAAGCUCGAGAUCGCAGGCACAGGGUACAAGAUCUUCCUUCCCAGUGGUACACGUGUCGAAGUUGAAAUUGGUCAAGGACUUUCCGGAUCGACCACGCGUGGAACCCACGAUCUAGGGGCUGAUGAGUAUGAAGUCGAGCAAAUUUCGGAUGUGCGGAGUGGGAGGAAGACCCGAUUUGGACGGAUCUGUCGGAAAUUCCUGGUUCAUUGGACAGGAUACGAUGAGCCAACUUGGGUUGACGAAGCCGAUAUUAACGGCGGGGCAAUACUGAACGCCUUCCUGCGACAGCGGGCCAAUCGGAAUCGCUUCAAUGUGAUGCAAUCACAUGAAGUGAUGUAA